AUGGACUUCUCCACAGGGCCCAAGUACUGUAGCGUGACCACAGCCCUGAAGGCCCCUUGCUGGGAUGGUGCUGCUCCUCGCUGGGACCUGUCCUUUGCUUGUCCCUUUGCCCUCCGUACUCCCUGGCUCACCAGGCACAAUCUCCCCACAAGGUACAUGUCUAAUCACCCAUGUCUCCACAUGGCUGAUCCAGCAUGGCAGAGGCCUGGCUGGCUGGGAAGAGUUGAAAACGCGGCUGACACAUGGGUCCUAGCAAGAAGAGAACCAGAUGGCUUUUAUUACCGGGCUCAGAUAAAGGCUGCUCCAGAGCUGGAGAGGCAGGGGUCCCUUCUUGUGGAAUUUGAGGCCCCCUUUGUCACAGGCCCAAAUCACAGUGUGGUCUUGGAAGGAGAAGUUGUUCAGCUCUCACCACCCAUGGCAUAUCCACUGCAACCUGGGGACAACGUACUGGCACCUUGGGAGCCAAAUGGACAAAAGUAUGGCCCUGGCACUGUUCUUUCGGGCGUGGAGGCCAGAGACCCUCUGAGAGCUUCGAAGGAUGAAGAAAUCACUGUUUACUUCUGGAAUGGCAAGACAGCUAAAGUUCCUCUAGGUAGGGUCAGGUGGGUGUCCCCGGUUGUCUGGAAAGCAGCUGUGGAGAGGCUACACAAGCCUGUCACCAGGGAGCAUCCCAGCCCUCUCCUCUGGGCCCCUUGCUGCUCUCUGUUGGGGACAGUCACUGGAUAUGUUCCCCAUGGGCUUCCUCUGGGCACUCCGUUCCUGUGCCCCCCCUGCCAUCCCUGUUGCCAGCGGCUGUGCCAGGGCUGCCUCAGCUGCUGUUCCUCAGCUGGACCCACCUGGUGGCCUCUAACCUGGACCUCAGAAGUCACGGCCAGAAAACUUCCAGAGCCAGAGCUGAAGCCCACAGCACAGCUUUUGCCUAUAAAGGGUCCUAAAGAGGAGGAGGUAGCCUUGCAAUCACCCAUGGAUGUUUCUUCCUCCUCCUCGUCCUCUUUUGAGGAAAAGGAUUUGGAGACUGAUGUGAAAAUGGGCCUUUCCCAAAGACUGCUGGUGAACAGUACAGUCAACACAGACCCCAUCCUUGAGAAGACUCCAUGGCAGGAGGACCUGUGCCGGCCGGAAUGGAGGUACUGGAGGAGAAGUGGCCCUGAGCCGUGUCCUAGGAAACCAGAGGAUGCUUUGUACAGAAAUAGAAGGGGUUCCUGGAUUUCUGUGAAAUGGGUUAUUCUGAAAUCACAGUGGGCGGCCUUGGCGGAAGUGACAGGCCAACAGCUGAACAAGACGUUGCAACGUAUCUGGAAAGAAGAGGUCAACAAACAACUGAGAAUACACAGUAAACUAGUGAGCAGUACCAAGGAGCUGAGCCUGGAGAAACCAAAGGAAGCCACCACCCUGCUAAACGAAGCCAAACAUGAACACAGGGCAAAAGUGGUUUGGGGGGUCUUCUACACACUCAAGUUAAAUAAAACAGGCACUGAGAGAGACAGGCUCCAGUUUGAAGGUAGGCUGAACCUCUACAGCCAGUACUAA